AUGGUUCCGUCUCUUGACUGCUUCCCUGAAGAGUUGCUACAUUCCAUUCUACGAUACUGCCCACCCCAUUCCACUGCCGCUCUAGAACAGACGGCUCGCCGGUUCCGCGGAGUAACAACAGAACCUUUGCUAUGGCGUUUUUAUUGCUUGAGCCACUUCAAACAUUGGGGCCAGGGACAUGAACUAUUGGCGAAGAUUGCAAGCCCUGUCUCCGCAGUGGAUUGGAAAUCACUCUAUAUAUCAAGACAUCUAAAGUAUCGAUCAACUUCUCAUCUUUUGGACAGUAUUCUUGCAAAUCAAACUGGGAGAUUCGACAAGAUUCGCCAGGUCAUAGGGUUUGGGUACGAUGCCAAGGAUGCCCUUCUACACAAUCUCGAAAUAGAACCCGAGGCAGAAGAUUAUUUAGCAAGGAGAUAUUAUGCGGAGGCGCUUCUCACUUGUCUCCAUCGAAGUCUCGCCGUGCAAGAAUGGGCUAGACUGAGAAAUGGCGAGGAAGUGUCUCUAGAUAGAGCACUAGGCGCAUUCGAUCUUUUCAUCCCGCGGAGCAACUUUGGCAAUUUGGAAGAGAUAAGCAAUAAGCUAGAUUCAAUUGCCUCACUUCUCUCACUAAACUGUCCAGGCAUAUAUCAGCUCGCAUCUCGUGAGAAGGCUAGGGCUAUCGCGAAGUUCCUAAGGGCCAACAAUCUUACAGGCAUCGAUGCAGGAAAGGAGUACCAUUGCUUGGAACAUAACUUUCUUGGAAUCGCUUUGAAUGACCCUCGACACAACUCUCUUCCAUUGAUAUCUGCCGCUAUCUAUUGUUCUGUUGCUCGGCGGGUUGGCCUUGACGCCCGACCGUGUGGGUUUCCUUUCCAUGUCCAUGUAAUUAUCAUGCCGCCCAUUGGUCAUGAUGUCGACGGUAAUGUACUUGAAGUCGGGACACAGGGAAACCCAAUAUACAUGGAUCCCUUCCGCUCAGAGAGCGAGACGCCAGUCGCGGACUUGGAAUACCAAUUGAACUUCUUAGGCGCCACUGCAGUUGAACAAGCAACCUUUCUAGGCGAAUCCCGCCCAUCUGAAAUUGUCCUUCGAUGCAGCAAAAAUAUUUUGAAUUCAUUGCAAUAUACAGCCCAGCUACCAAGUGUGCGCCUGCCACCAGAGGAUAUGGUGGGUGCCAAAUAUGCUGCAAUUUGGUCGUCUAUGUUGCUUGCGGAUCUUGCCCGGCCGAUGGAAAUCAGACAUAACCUGCUAUGGCUAAUGGAACUUUUUGCUACUGAAUUCCCAUCGGAUAUACACCUGGUUGAAAAGUACGUCGCCCCGCUUCUUCAUGGAACGCCCGAGUAUGAACAUAUCUUGGAGAGCCUCCAUGUGAUGAGGGCGGUGGACGAAAUACCGAAACAGGUUAAGUGGCGACUCUCUCAACCGACGAAAAUCAAAUACCAUGUUGGGCAGGUAUUUAGACAUCGUCGAUAUGAUUACCAAGCCAUCAUAACGGGUUGGGACACUGAGUGCGGGGCGGGUGAGCAAUGGAUGAGAAGGAUGGGAAUAGACCGCCUACAGGGUGGCAGGCACCAAAGUUUCUACCACGUAUUGUAA